AAAUAAUUUUGUUGCUAUGACGCACCACAAAAUUGAAGACAGACCACCUCCUCAAAAUCUAACUACGAGGGAGAGUAGAAGAAAAUUCAUUUGAAUUGAAUUUUCUCUCUCUUUCUGGUUCGUUCUCACUUGCGUGAAGAGGAAUCUCUUGAUCUCCUUCCAAUUUGUACUUUCCUCAUUAGGUUUUCUCUCUCUUCACAUUCAUCUAGCUUCACUUUCGAUCUCUUUCUCUUGAUCUACUCUUGCUUUGAUCUCAUCUACUUCCAGUUUUAUAGAUUUCAUCUUGUUUUUACAAGAAUAACUUGUUAUGGAGGCGAUUGAAGAAUUGUCACAACUUUCUGAGUCCAUGCGUCAAGCUGCUGCCGUUCUUGCUGAUGAUGAUGUUGAUGAUACUUCAUCUUCUUCUUCAUCUAGACGGAACUCUACUUUCCUCAAUGUUGUUGCUCUUGGCAAUGUAGGUGCGGGUAAAUCGGCAGUGUUGAAUAGUUUGAUUGGACAUCCUGUUUUGCCAACUGGUGAAAAUGGUGCUACGCGAGCUCCAAUAAGCAUCGAUUUGAACAGAGAUAGCUCUCUAAGUAGCAAGUCUAUUGUGUUGCAAAUUGACAAUAAAACUCAGCAGGUGUCUGCAAGUGCUCUUAGGCAUUCUCUUCAGGAUAGGCUCAGCAAAGGUUCAUCCGGAAAGAGUCGUGACGAGAUAAACUUGAAGUUGCGUACAAGUGCAGCUCCUCCCUUGAAAUUAAUUGAUUUGCCUGGAUUUGAACAACGAAUUGUGGAUGAUUCUAUGAUCAGUGAAUAUGUUGCACACAACGAUGCAAUUCUGCUGGUAAUAAUUCCUGCUUCUCAGGCGCCGGAAGUUGCUUCUUCCAAAGCUCUCAGGAUUGCGAAGGAGUAUGACUCAGAAGGAACAAGAACCAUUGGUGUAAUCAGCAAAAUAGAUCAAGCUGUCUCAGAAUCUAAAGCCUUAGCUGCUGUUCAGGCUUUGUUAGUGGGUCAAGGGCCAAGAAGCACAGCUGACAUGCCAUGGGUUGCUCUAAUUGGUCAGUCCGUGUCAAUUGCCACUGCUUCUGGAAAUGGUGGAUCUGAGAACUCUUUGGAAACUGCCUGGCGAGCUGAAAGUGAGAGCCUCAAGUCUAUCUUAACGGGGGCGCCCCAAGGAAAGCUUGGUAGAAUAGCUUUGGUGGAAUCUUUAGCUACACAAAUACGCAAUCGUAUGAAAGUUAGGCUUCCUAAUAUCCUUUCUGGACUUCAAGGCAAGUCUCAGAUAGUUCAGGAUGAAUUAGUGAAGCUUGGGGAAUCUAUGGUUUCCAGUUCUGAAGGUACUAGAGCUUUGGCAUUAGAGCUUUGCCGUGAAUUUGAAGAGAAAUUCCUUAGGCAUAUCACUGGUGGUGAGGGGAAUGGGUGGAAGAUUGUUGCCAGUUUCGAGGGAAAUUUUCCUAAUAGGAUUAAGCAGCUUCCUUUGGACAGACACUUUGAUAUCAACAAUGUCAAAAGGAUUGUACUUGAAGCAGAUGGUUACCAACCAUAUCUUAUAUCUCCAGAAAAGGGGUUAAGAUCCUUGAUAAAGAAUAUCCUUGAAAUGGCAAAAGAACCAUCACGGCUUUGUGUCGAUGAGGUACAUCAUGUACUUGUGGAUAUAGUGUCUCAAGCUGCGAAUGCUACACCAGGUCUUGGAAGAUACCCACCGUUUAAGAGAGAGGUGAUUGCAAUUGCAACUUCCGCACUUGAUGUGUUUAAAGGCAAAGCAAAGCAAAUGGUAGUUGAUUUGGUAGAUAUGGAGCGUGCCUUUGUCCCACCUCAACACUUCAUUCGUCUAGUUCAGAGACGGAUGGAGAGACAGAGACGUGAAGAAGAACUAAAAGGCCGAUCUUCCAAGAAAGGCUUGGAAGCAGAGCAAUCAAUGUUGAAUAGGGCAAAAAGUCCUCUUACUGGAAGUCAACAAAAAUCAAUGAAGGAUUCAAAGUCCGACAAAGACAAAGACAAAGAUAAAGUCAAAGAUAAAGAGGGACAAGAGGGUUCUGGUCUAAAGACAGCUGGGCCUGAGGGAGAGAUUACUGCAGGUUUCUUGUUGAAAAAGAGUGCUAAAACCAACAGUUGGAGCAGAAGAUGGUUUGUGUUAAAUGAAAAAACCGGAAAGCUUGGAUACACGGAGAAACAAGAAGAAAGACAUUUUCGUGGUGUAAUCACGUUGGAGGAGUGUCAAAUUGAGGAAAUAUCUGACGAGGAAGACUCUCCUAAAAGCUCCAAGGACAAGAAGUCUAAUGGACCUGAUACAGGUCCUAGUCUUACAUUCAAGUUGACAAAUAAAGUACCAUACAAGACUGUUCUUAAAGCACAUAGUGCUGUAUUGCUGAAAGCGGAGAGUGUGGCGGACAAGGUUGAGUGGAUAAACAAGUUGAAGAGCAUUGCAACUCUUAAAACCGGUCAAGGAACGGGUGAACAUGGACUUUCAAUCCGUCAGAGUCAUUCUGAUGGUUCUCUUGACACAAUGGCCAGAAGACCUGCCGACCCAGAAGAAGAGCUUCGUUGGAUGUCCCAGGAAGUGCGGGGGUAUGUAGAAGCAGUCCUAAAUAGCCUUGCUGCAAAUGUGCCAAAAGCUGUUGUUCUUUGCCAAGUGGAGAAAGCUAAGGAGGACAUGCUUAAUCAAUUGUACAGUUCCAUAAGUGGUCAAAGCUCUGCAAAGAUUGAGGAACUCCUUCAAGAAGACCAGAAUGUGAAACGUAAAAGAGAACGUUAUACAAAGCAGUCAUCCAUUUUAUCAAAGCUUGUGAGGCAACUAAGCAUUCAUGAUAACCGGGCAGCUGCUGCAUCUGGGUGGUCUGAUGGUGGUAGUGGUGCAGAAAGUAGCCCAAGAACUGGGGGGUCAGGGGCUGGGGAUGAUUGGAGAACUGCAUUUGAUGCUGCUGCUAAUGGGCCUACAGAUUUAUCUAGGACUCCCAGUCGACAAUACAGUGAUCCAGCUCAAAACGGUGAUUUGAAUUCUGGUUCUGGUUCAAGCUCAAACAGCCGUCGCACGCCAACACGAUUGCCUCCGGCCCCACCUUCAUCUGGCAGAUACUAGAUCCACACGAAGAUAAAGAUAGGCGGAAUUUGUGGUGAUUUAAAUAUUACGAUACAUCUGUGAUUUCUUCUGGUCUUAUAUGUUAUUAUAGUUUUGUAGAUUGGGAGAAGAAUAGGUGAUUCUUGUAGAUAGAUUUGGGCGGGUUUAUCCUUUCACCAGACAACUGGAUUUUUUGAGAUGUAUCGGCAGUUUGUUUAUUGAAAAUUUCUUGUUUCCCCUGUUUCUCGGGGGGAAAUGAUGUCUUUCACAUUGAUUGUUGAACAUCUUUGCACAAGAUGAUAUAAAAAUAUAGAAGUACCAAAAGAGUGAUAAUUUGGUUCUUGUUACUAAUAUUACAUCCGGGUGUAAUACAUGAUUCGACUUUGUUUCUAUGAUCCAGCUAUGAAUUUUUUUUGUUUUGGAACCAAAAU